GGUAUGGUAAAGUUUGGAGCCCCCUCACGCCCCGCGGGAGUUUGCUCUGCGGUUUAAGUCACGGGGCGAGAGAAGGGAGGGGAGGGGGUGAAUCUGCAGGACUAUCACCACGCCUCGGCACGGUGGAUUCGUCAGCCAUAUUGACUGGCUCUUCUCCGCUCGCGGGAGGCAGGCAGGCAGGCGGAGGAGUUUCCUCCACGGCGGAGCUCGGUGUCUGCGUCCGGCAAACGGCGUAAAGUGCGGGAAGGUGGAAAGCGCUCUAUUUUUACCCCUCCGUGGAUAUAUUAAGAGCCGCUAGAGAGGGUGACAGCUGGACAGACAUCCUCGGAGCAGCCAAGGCGUUUAGAGGCGCCGGUGCCCCAGAGAGAAGCAGGAAGACGGAGGACGAUUUCUUUCUAUUUAAUCGGCAACUAGGAGAGAGACGAAAGAUGCCCAAACCGAUCAAUGUGCGCGUCACCACCAUGGACGCUGAGCUGGAGUUUGCCAUCCAGCCCAACACAACAGGCAAACAGCUCUUUGACCAGGUGGUGAAGACGGUGGGUUUGAGAGAGGUCUGGUUCUUCGGCCUGCAGUACACAGACAGCAAAGGCUAUGUGACGUGGCUCAAACUAAACAAAAAGGUGACCCAGCAGGACGUCAAGAAAGACAAUCCACUGCAGUUCAAGUUCAGAGCCAAGUUUUUCCCUGAAGACGUUUCAGAGGAGCUCAUCCAAGAGAUCACACAGAAACUCUUCUUCCUGCAGGUGAAAGAGGCCAUUCUGAACGAUGAGAACUACUGUCCUCCAGAGACGGCCGUGCUGCUCGCCUCCUACGCCGUCCAGGCCAAGUACGGAGAUUACAACAAAGACAUUCACAAGCCCGGCUACCUGGCGUCAGACCGGCUACUUCCACAGAGAGUUCUGGAGCAGCACAAGCUGACCAAGGAGCAGUGGGAGGACAGAAUACAGACGUGGCACGAGGAGCACAGAGGCAUGCUCAGGGAGGACGCCAUGAUGGAGUACCUAAAGAUCGCUCAGGACUUGGAGAUGUACGGAGUCAACUACUUUGAAAUCAAAAACAAGAAGGGCACGGAGCUGUGGUUGGGGGUCGACGCCUUGGGCCUGAAUAUUUACGAACACGAAGACAAGUUGUCACCAAAGAUCGGCUUCCCAUGGAGUGAAAUCAGAAACAUUUCCUUCAACGAUAAGAAGUUUGUCAUCAAGCCCAUAGACAAGAAAGCCCCAGACUUUGUGUUUUACGCCCCUCGGUUGCGGAUCAACAAGCGCAUUCUGGCGUUGUGUAUGGGCAACCACGAGUUGUACAUGAGGAGGAGGAAGCCCGAUACCAUCGAGGUGCAGCAGAUGAAGGCUCAGGCCAGGGAGGAGAAGCACCACAAACAGAUGGAGAGAGCUCAGCUGGAGAAUGAGAAGAAAAAGCGUGAGAUCGCAGAGAAGGAGAAAGAGCGAAUAGAGCGAGAGAAAAACGAACUGAUGGAGAAACUGAAGCAGAUCGAAGAGCAGACGCAAAGAGCUCAGAAAGAGCUGGAGGAGCAAACUCGCAGAGCUCUGGAGCUGGAGCAGGAGCGGAGGAGAGCCAAGGAGGAAGCCGAGCGCCUGGAGAGGGACCGGCAGGCAGCAGAGGAGGCCAAGGCAGCGCUGGCCCAGCAGGCCGCUGACCAGAUGAAGACCCAGGAACAGCUGGCUGCUGAGUUAGCAGAGUUCACCGCCAAAAUUGCUCUGCUAGAAGAGGCAAAAAGGAAAAAAGAAGAUGAAGCUACAGAAUGGCAACACAAAGCUCUUUCUGCACAAGAGGACCUGGAAAAGACGAGGGAGGAGCUGAAGACUGCGAUGACGUCCCCACCGGCGCCCGAACACGACGAACAGGAUGAAACAGCCGACGCGGGCAGCGCCGAGCUCCCGAGCGACGGCGUCACCAACCACCGCAGUGAAGAGGAGCGCAUUACUGAAGCCCAGAAGAACGAGCGCGUGAAGAAGCAGCUGCAGGCUCUGAGCUCGGAGCUGGCUGAAGCCCGAGACGACACCAAGAAGACUCAGAACGACAUGCUGCACGCUGAGAACGUCAGAGCAGGCAGAGACAAGUACAAAACGCUGCGCCAGAUCCGCCAAGGCAACACCAAGCAGCGAAUCGACGAGUUUGAGUCCAUGUAAGCCCAAAACGACGGCGGACACUAAAAUAAAGAGACAGUUGUCUCGUUGCCAUGUCAACGCCUCCCUUUUCUUUGUAAAAGCCUAAAACCUGCUGCCAUUCCUGGACCUUUCUCCCCACGACAAAAAUCAACCGGCUUCGCCAAAGCUCUUUCUGGCAGCAGUCGAUGCGUCGCGCUGCGUCCUGUUUUCGUUUUUUAGAGCUCUCUCUUCCCAACGAAGCUGCUUUCACAAUCAGGCUUGGAAAACGACAACGCAUCCCUCCUUCAAACAACUUUAAAUCUUGCAUGAAUGAUUAUGAAAGAAUAACACAAACUUUCUUUGAACUUGAAAAUGGACAGGAAUCUUGUGCUUUAACGACAAAAUAAAUGGCCAUCAGUAGCUGUAGCUCGUUGAUAAUGGCAGCAGGCUUUAAUUAAUGUCAUUUUAUUUCUGUUAUGAGCUGAAAAAUUAGUUGUUUUUUAUGCCUUAUCUGCCUAAUUUCUUUUGAAUAGUAUUAUAAAUUUUGUUUUGGGACAGUUCAUGUUUCAUCCAUUUUUGUCUUGAAGAAGUUUGCAAAUGCUCUCUCUGUACACGCAAACAGAUAUGCAAGCCAGAUCUGCUUACCUUACUUUCAGUUUCAUCUCUGUCCUUUUUUUUUCAGAUAAAUAUUUUCCCCUUAAUAAAGAAUGAUUUAUAUUUCCAAUGAAGAAGCCAGAGUAUGUUGUUUAAUCUCGACAGAAGUGAAAGCCAGUAGAACUGGUUGUUUAGACGAACCUUUUGGAUGUUCAGUGUUUAAACACAGCUCAGAUAGUCUGUAUCGCUCCUUAAAUAGCAAUUUGUGUUUGUGUUUUCUGCUAAUAAAUUAUCUUUUCAUUUUCUUUGGUCAGCAUCAAUACUAUCUAUUUUUUUAAUAAAAUGGGAAGUCAUGAAAAGAGA